GGCACACGCUGUUCCAUUUGGCUAUGCCUACACCCUUUCUCAAAUAACAGCCAGUCUAUUUAUAGCCAAAGCUUCUGGACCUAAUGCUGGUAAACCACCAAAACUGUACAAAGAAAAAGCAGGAAAACAGUACAACCUUCUGAAACGUUUUGUUUACGUUAGUGUUUGUACGUUAGCAACUGAGAGACUGACGUAUGGUAUGCUUGAGCAAAAGUGCAGGGACUGCCACUGGAGCUAUAAAGACUAAAGGACAAACUGCUACAUUAAGGAAUUUGAAAUACAGCCAAGGAUAUCUGAUUCUUCAGAAUGACAAAAGCGGAGGAAAACCCUGACUUGGUUGGUGGUCAGGAAUUUUAUGACAAAUAUGAACCUAAGGAGAUCUUAGGAAGAGGUGUGAGCAGUGUAGUCCGACGAUGUGUGGACAAACGUAGUGGCCAGGAAUAUGCUGUAAAGGUCAUAGACAUCACACCAUCAGACAAAAUGACACCCCAAGAGAUACAAGAAAUCCAGCAGGCCACUGUAAAGGAGAUUGACAUUCUUCAAAAAGUGUCUGGACAAAAGAACAUAAUUCAACUGAAGGAUUGUUUUGAAUCAAAUGCCUUCUACUUUUUGGUAUUUGAUCUGAUGAGGAGAGGAGAACUCUUUGAUUACCUCACAGAAAAAGUCACCUUAAGUGAGAAAGAGACACGGAAGAUCAUGCGAGCUCUUUUGGAAGUGGUUGAGUAUCUUCAUGCCCACAACAUUGUCCAUCGGGACCUGAAACCAGAGAACAUCUUGCUGGAUGAUGACAUGAACAUCAAACUCACUGACUUUGGCUUUUCAGUUCAGAUUGCGUCGGGACAAAAGUUGAAUGAGGUUUGUGGAACACCAGGUUACUUGGCCCCUGAAAUCAUCGAGUGCUCCAUGGAUCCCAACCAUGUUGGCUAUGGGACUGCUGUUGACCUUUGGAGCACUGGAGUGAUCUUGUACACUCUUCUGGCUGGCUCUCCACCUUUCUGGCACAGGAAACAAAUGCUAAUGCUGCGAAUGAUUCUCGCAGGGAAAUAUGUCUUCAGUUCUCCAGAGUGGGACGACCGCUCUGACACUGUCAAAGACUUGAUUUCCAGGUUACUAGUAGUGGACCCACAAAGUCGUUAUACAGCCACAGAAGCCCUCAAUCACCCGUUCUUCCAACAAUACGUGGUUGAAGAGGUCCGCCAUUUCAGCCCUUACAGAAAGUUCAAGGUUAUUUGUAUGACUGUACUUGCUGCCAUGCGGAUUUACUGCAACUAUCGCCAUGCCAAACCAGUCACCAAGGAGGUGAUCCGCAGCGACCCUUACGCCAUCAAACCUCUACGCAAGAUGAUUGAUGCUUGCGCCUUUAAGAUCUACGGCCACUGGGUGAAGAAAGGGCAAACUCAGAACAGAGCAGCCUUAUUCGAGAACACUCCAAAAGUGAUUCUACUCUCUGUUGCAGCUGAAGAGAUGGACAUGUCACUUAGGACUUGGUGAAAGCACAUCAAUUACUACCAGAUCUGUCUGCUACACAAUUUACCUCAAGGCCAUGUUGAUAAGGUUCCAAAAGUGUGCCGCAGUGACUACACUCUUAGAAGAAAAGUUUGUGUAGAAACCAAAAGGGUUCUAACACUCACUUCAUAUUUGGAACCCCUAAAAGGUUCUAUAUAGAACUUUUUAGGGGAUCCAAAUGUGGAAUCAUAACAUUAAAUUGUUUAUGUAAAUAUACCAAAUCACUAGAAAACAAAUUAAAUGAUAUAAAAACACAUUUAGGUUUUAUUUAGUAAAGUUAAGCAUUUUUAAAAGUCUGCAUUUACAAUAACACAAGCAAUAACACAAUUCAUAUUGCAAUAGUUAUAAGAAUGAAACAAUGUACAAGUUUGUAAUAAUAAUAAGCUAAAACUCUAAUUAGUAGUAAUAUUAUGUAUAUAUAAAAAUAUAUGUAAAAAUCUUAAGCAUAAGUAAGACUAAUAAACAAGUACAAAACUUGGUGAA